UGUGCCCUUGUCACUCACGCAUAUUACCCAGUUGUGUUUCCACUGUGUCCUCUGUGUUCUCAGCACAAGGCUGGCACACUGCUCCGUUGGUCUUGUGAGCUCGGCUCUCCUCUCCACUUCUCUCUGCAACUUGGAACAAAACAGCUGAACAAUAUCACUGAAUCACCUUCAGCUCUGUUACUGUGGAUUUAACUGUUUUUUUUAAGUGUUAAGAACCCAUCGAUUGUUUUUGUUUUUGGUGGAAGAAAACCAGGUAGAGAAGUUCAUCCAGUGUGGAUUUGUAGUUCUGAACUGUGUCUUCCAAAAUGUCCCCUGUGAAAGGCUGGGUGUUGGGCCUCCUGCUGGUCCUGCUGUGCCCGUCCCAGGGCCCGCUCUCCGGACUGGUGAGUGCCCAGGACGUGGCCGAAGCAGAGGAAGGCCUCCACGCCAGACAUGUCGAGGAGGUCGUGGCUGAAGAGGGCGACGCCGCUGAGGGUGAUGAUGGCGCAGGUGAGGAAGAGGAACAUCUAGCAGAGGAGGAAGAUGAUGAAGAAUCGGAUGAUGAAGCAGAAACCGAUGAACUGGAGGAAGAAGGGGAGGCUGAGGAGGAGGAAGAGGCUUUGGAGGAGGAGGAAGAUGAAGAAGCUGCUGAGGAAGAAGAAGAAGAAGCAGCUGAGGAGGAGGAAGAGGAAGAGGCUGCUGAGGAGGAGGAGGAGGAGGAAGAGGAUGAAGAAGAAGAAGAAGAAGAGGAUGAUGCCGAAGAAGAGGAAGAGGCUGCCGAUGAGGAAGAGGAGGAUGACGCUGAAGAAGAGGAAGAGGCUGCCGAUGAGGAAGAGGAGGAGGAGGAUGCUGAAGAAGAGGAAGAUGAGGAAGAGGGGGAGGAGGAUGCAGAUGAGGAUGAGGAGGAUGACGCCGAAGAAGAGGAGGCUGGCGAGGCGGCAGCAGAUGAGGAAGAGGAGGAUGAUGCUGAAGAAGAGGAUGAAGAGGCAGCAGCAGAUGAGGAAGAGGAGGACGAUGCGGAAGAAGAGGAGGCUGAUGAGGUAGCAGCAGAGGACGAUGAGGUAGCAGCAGAGGAGGAAGAGGACUCUUCUGAAGAGGAUGAUGAUGCAGCUGAAGGAGAGGAAGCAGGUGAUGCUGAGGAUGAGGAGGAUGAGGAUGACUCUGAGGAAGAGGAUGCAUCUGACGCAGAGGAAGAUGACGAUGGGCCUGAAGAUGAUGAUGACGCAGCAAAUGACACAAUUGAAGAGGAGCCCGCCGCCGACAUACUGCAAUUCCACCCUGGCUCUUUGUGUAGCGUUUGCGCCAUCUGUGAGCACUGCUCUAAUAGCUGCGAGAAAUGCCCCUGUGAAGAGGGAGAUGAGUCGGAUCACUGUGAACUCUGCCAAGAAUGCUCAUCCUGCUACAUUUGCCCCAUACUGUGUGACACAAUUUGCACACCAGGUGGCCUUGUUGAUGAGCUAACUGGGGCCCUCUUUCAGUAA